AUGGCACAAAGGAGUGGAAGAAAGCAAACUACUUUAGGCUAUGGAUUGGAACGUCAAAGUCCAAUGUGCUAUUGCGCAGAUGUGAAACCAAUCGGACUUUAUAACCAAUCAAUGCUAACAUGUGAUCUGAUUCUCGAUAUAGGGAAGUUCUUUGGUGGCAAUGCAGUCCCUGCUCCUGAACAAAAGAAGCAAUCCGUUCUCUCCUUUUCGUCUCAAGCUGGAAAUGCGGUUAAUGAGAUGGCAUCCGAAAAUAAAGAUAAAGAUGUCGACAUGGAGGAUAUAACGGGGAAUGGUCCUGUAACGCCAAAGAAAAGCCCUGCUGUUCGUUCACUGCCCUCUGCUCCUGGAGCACCAAAAGUGGACUCGGAUGAUGAGAUUAAAUCUGAAAGUGCAAAAAGUGAGAGCAUGUCACCAAGCGCAGGGAGGCUAAAACGACAGAAGGACUCAGCUACCGAUGAGAGUGAGGGAAAUGAGAGUGAACCUGUCACCAAACGACGAAGGGGUUCAAGGAAAUCGAAAACGAACGGCCCCGCCCCGAAGCCUGUGACUGGAAACAAAGGCAAAAGGGGCUCGUCAAGGACAACUGACAAAGUUGGAAUCGCUGCCAACAAGUCUUCCAAGCAACCGGAGCCAGCAGUAGCAGAGGCUGAAUCUUCAGCGUCUGACGGAGAAGACCUGCUUUCUGGAAGCAGUUCGGAAGAAUUGGACGUGAAACCGAAGGAAGAGGAAAAGAAAAGGAACGCUGCAUCGAAGCAGAGACAAAAAGUUCAAGUGACACUGAAAAGCAACGGAAAGGACCCAUACCCAGAUUGGAAAGCGGGAGAUCCUGUUCCUUACGCCGCGCUCUGCACGACAUUCUCGCUUGUUGAAAUGACUACCAAAAGACUAGCAAUUUUGGCGCAUUGCUCGUUGUUUCUCCGUCAGGUCCUACGCCUGACCCCUGGAGAUCUACUUCCCACCAUCCAACUCAUGAUUAACAAACUGGCUGCUGAUUACGCUGGCAUCGAGCUUGGGAUUGGCGAAUCGCUGAUUAUGAAGGCUAUUGGUGAAUCCACAGGGCGUAGUCUCGCUGUUAUCAAGACUGACCAGCACGAGAUUGGAGACUUGGGUCUUGUGGCUGCUAAGAGUCGAUCGAACCAGCCCACCAUGUUCAAGCCAAAACCAUUGACCGUGCGAGGAGUUCACGAAAGCCUUUUAGCUAUUGCAAAGGUGCAGGGUCAUGGAUCUCAGGAUAAAAAAAUUGGUGGUAUCAAGAAGCUCUUGUCGUCCGCCGACGCUGGUACGGCCGGUAAGAUCGAUAUCACAAAGGACAAAGGUGGUCCAAGCGAGGCCAAAUAUAUUGUUCGCUUUUUAGAGGGAAAGCUACGACUAGGCCUCGCAGAGAGAACUGUGCUUGUGGCUCUGGCGCACGCCAUGGUAUCCCAUGAGAUCGAGGUCAAAAAUGGCAAGGCCCCCAGCACCGAACAAUUAGCAAAGGGAGAAGCCAUACUUAAACAAGUGUACAGCGAGUUACCAUCCUACGAAGUCAUCAUCCCCGCCAUGCUGGAACAUGGACUAUUCAAUGUCCAAGACAAAUGCAAAUUACAACCGGGUGUUCCAUUGAAACCUAUGUUAGCAAAACCCACAAAAUCCAUUUCAGAAGUUCUUGACCGGUUUGAGGGAAAGGAUUUCACUUGCGAAUAUAAAUAUGAUGGCGAGCGAGCCCAAAUCCAUUAUGUAUCCCGAGACUCUAUCAAAGACUACGCUGCCACGGCUGGCACGCUACAAAAGGAUGGCCAAGGCCUCUGCGCUAUCUUCUCGCGUAACUCUGAGGACCUAUCCAAAAAGUACCCUGACGUUCUAGAUAAGUUGGAAUCGUGGGUCAAACCAGGCACUAAAAGCUUUGUUGUUGAUUGCGAAACUGUUGCAUGGGAUCUCGAGAAUAAAAAGGUUCUACCGUUCCAGCAGCUCAUGACGCGCAAAAGGAAGGACGUGAAGGCGGAAGAUAUCAAAGUCAGAGUCUGCGUAUUCGCGUUCGACAUCCUGUUUCUAAAUGGAGAGCCCACUGUGAAAAUGACGCUUCGCGAGCGUCGUAGCCUUUUACACGAAACAUUUAUCCCGACUGAAGGAGAAUUUGCGUUUGCGCAAUAUGGAAAUACCAGCAACGUGGAAGAGAUCCAGAACCUCUUAGAUGAGAGUGUCAAGUCUUCUUGUGAAGGUUUGAUGGUCAAAAUGCUUGACACCGAUGAGAGUGGCUAUGAACCUAGCAAACGAAGCCGCAAUUGGCUCAAGGUUAAAAAGGACUACCUCGCUGGUAUCGGUGACUCGCUUGAUCUUGUCGUUAUCGGUGCCUAUUUUGGCAAAGGCAAACGUACAUCAGUGUACGGAGCUUUCCUUCUGGCGGCCUACAACCCUAACACUGAAAACUACGAAACAAUUUGCAAUAUCGGCACAGGUUUCUCUGAAUCCUUACUCGAAGAACUCCAUAAGACCCUUAGCCCACUCUCCAUUUCUCAACCAAAGCCGUUCUACUCUCAUUCCUCUGUUCCCAAGGACCAGCCAGACGUCUGGUUUGAGCCUCGCCUGGUUUGGGAGGUCAAGGCGGCAGAUUUGACCAUCAGCCCUCGAUAUAGGUGCGCGAGCGACGAGGUAAUGGGGAUGACAGGCACUGGAGCGGACGGAAAGGGUGUUUCACUACGAUUUCCUAGGUAUAUCAAAUCGAGGGACGAUAAGAAACCGGAUCAAGCGAGCACAACCAGGAUGGUGGCGGAGAUGUAUAGAAAGCAGGAGAGUGUCACGAAGGAUGAUAAGGGGAAGAAGGCGGCGGAUGAUGACUGGGAGUACUAG